AUGGUUUUGCACAUCAAGAAAGUAGCCGUAGCUGGACCGAAUGGCAAUACUGGGCCAACAGUCGUGAAGACUCUUGUCGCCUCCGGCUUUGACGUGACAGCUGUCACACGCUCCCUUGCAAAGACAAGAGAUAUUCUAGGCCCUGAGAUCGACAUCAUAGAAGUUGACUACCUCUCUCAGCACUCUCUUGUCUCAGCACUCAGGGGCAUCGAUGCUGUCGUUGUCUGCGGGGUGGGAAUGUUACCAGAGCAAACCAACCUCAUCGACGCCGCCAUCGCGGCCGGCGUGCGGCGUUUUCUUCCUGCCUCUUUAGAUACCGACAUCAGCAAUCCUGUCCUUCGCUCCUUCCCGUUUGCCCAGAACAAAACUAUCGUCCAAGAAUACCUCAAGAGCCGUGAAUCAGUCAUCUCCCACACGAGUAUCAGGACCGGUCCGCUGCUAGACUACGUUCUUUCCCUCGGUGCGAUAAUCAAUAUGAGAGAGCACUCCAUGACUCGGUUUGAUGAUGGCGAGAAGAAAUUCAGUACCGCCACGAUCCAAACAGCGAGCAAAGCAGUAGCCGCGGUGCUGAGGAUGGGAAAAGAGGCGGAGAAUCGUGAUUUCCGGGUUCAUGAUAUUGUAACGAGCCAAAACGAACUGCUGAAAUGGGGGAAAGAGGUUGUUCCGGAUGCUGAGUGGACUGUCACGCCUGCGAACACGGAGGAUAUGGCGAAGAAAGUGGUGGAAGCGAGUAAGGUGGAUCCAGAAAGCCGAAUGGUGGAUAUCAUGUUCAAGGCGCUUGCUAUUUUUGGGAAGGAAUUCAACUCUGUUUUUGAGGAGGCCAAUAAUGAGGUGUUAGGUAUUGGGAUGAUUGGUGAAAGUGAGGUUAAGGAGAUGUUGAGGAGUUUUGCUGGUGCAGUGCAGAGUAGCGCCGGGGAGCGUGAUGCAGCCAUCAUCAACAAGCUAAGCUCUAGCGGAAACGAAGAAUGA